AACAUAAGGGUUUCCCAACAGAAAGGGAAGAAAUAAAUGAGGAAGGAGCAAAGACUCGGACUUUGAGUGGUCAAUACUCGUUGUUUCUCAGUUUUCAGCUCCCUUUGAUCCCCACUUAGAGAGAGAGAGAAUCAUUUUGCUCCCAAAUUUCCAAUUUUACAUUUCCCAAUUUCGGGAAAUAGAGGGAGGGAUGGGGGGACGGAACUGGAAUUAAAGGGAGGAGCUUUGAUUCUUGUGGCGAGUGUAGAUCUGGAGAAUAUCUUUGCGCGACUUUCGUUGAAUAUAGUCUGUCAUUCAUGGCAACUUUCGUGGCAAACCCUAAUUAUUUAUGUACGUGGCCGGCGCCUAUUGUUUCUUUAUAUUCCUCUGCCUCCAAACACUCGCUUGGACAAUAUUAUCCUAUGUGUAAGGAGCCGCGCCAAACUAGUUCUAUAGCAUAUCCCUUGGCAUGGAUAUAGAAUAUUCACGUCUUCGUAAAUUAAUCAAAAGAAGAUGAAUGACAGAUGUAUCAGCCGAAGAGUGUUAAUAAUUUAAGCUUAGCCCGAAAAACCUCGUCAGUUCAUGGUCAGCAUUUAGAUUGUGUUACCAGCGCAAUGGACCCAAUCAAUGGAGCGAACAAUCUUAACAAGCCGAGUCUUGCCUCGAAGCAACGCUUGCGUUGGACACAUGAGCUUCAUGAACGUUUUGUUGAUGCUGUUGCACAACUUGGUGGGCCAGACCGAGCUACUCCCAAAGGCGUCCUCAGAGUAAUGGGCGUUCAAGGUUUGACAAUAUACCAUGUCAAAAGCCACUUGCAGAAAUACCGGCUUGCAAAAUACCUGCCUGACUCCUCAUCUGAUGGGAAAAAAGCUGAUAAGAAAGAAAGUGGGGAUUUGCUUUCAAAUUUGGAUAGUUCAUCUGGGAUGCAAAUAACUGAAGCACUCAAGCUGCAGAUGGAAGUGCAGAAGCGACUGCAUGAACAAUUAGAGGUUCAGAGACAGCUGCAACUACGUAUAGAAGCCCAGGGCAAGUACUUGAAGAAGAUAAUCGAGGAGCAACAACGACUUGGUGGAGUUUUUUCUGAAACAUCUGAUUCUGGGGUCCCAGGUCCAGUAUUGGGUGACAAUUGCCCGGAUUCCGAAAACAAGACUGACCCAGCAACCCCUGCCCCAACUUCUGAGGCCCCCCUACAAGACAAGGCUGCCAAUGAAUGUGCCCCAGCCAGCCUUUCCAUUGAUGAAUCCUUCUCUUCUCGUCAUGAACCAUCGACUCCAGAUUCUGGUUGCCACAUCAGUUCCCCAUCCGAGAGUUCCAAAGAUGAAAGAUUGAUUAAGAAGCAAAGAGUCCUUACGGGUGGAUCAUAUGCUAAAUCAGAAAUGGUGCUUCCUCAUCAGAUACUUGAGUCAAGCCUGAGCUCCUCGUACCCGCAGCAGCCACCUUCCAUUUUUCUGUGUAGAGAGCAGUUUGAACCUCCGUCUGGUAUAUCAAUCAGGAAUGAUGAUCACAUGGAAAAGCUUGCAGGCAGUGAGCUGUAGUUUUCCCCUUGUCUCUGUAGUUUUUUCAGGGAUAUAUCUCUAAUUAGGUCAAAUAACUCUGUCACAAAUGUUCUGGGAUGAUUAGAUUUCAAUAUCAAGACGCUAGCAUGAGAGAGGAUGUUGGUUAAAUUUAGAUGAUUGUUGUAAACAGGUAUUGGGAUUCAGUUCAAUUAUCAGGUGCUAUUUGUAA